UCUUAAGAAGGCGGCAACGGGCAAGCAAGCCCGUGCGAGUUUACUUGUUCUAGUUUAUACCAACACAUUGAUCACUGUAAUUAGCACCAUAUCGGUUAAAUCGCUCCCUGUGGGCAGUCAGUUGAUUCAGGCGACUAGUGGCUUCGUGCCACGCUUGAUCGAAAAUGCAAGUGACAAAAGGAGCGCGUUGACCUAGCAACCUUAAACCACUGCAAUGCAAGACGGUCAAGGUCCUCCUGGUGAUGGCCGUGGGCGAGGGCGGGGCCGCAGCCGAGGAGGCCGCAUAAUGUUUGCCCGCGAGGGUGGCCGUGGACCCAGGCCCAUGCAUAGUGACAUGGGGCCUCCACCGCCCCCCAUGGGCAUGUUCCCGCACGACCCCAGCGCCAUGAUGGGCGGGCCCAUGCCGGGCAUGCCCCCAAUGGACUUCACUCCCGAGAUGCUGCUGACCAUGAUGGGCGCCGGCCUGGGCGGACCCAUGGGGCUGGCUGGACCCAUGGGCAUGAUGAUGCCGGACUUCGGCGCGGCGGCGGCGGGGGCGCCAGGUGGCAUGAUGGUCCCCCCAGGUGCCAUGAUGCCGCCACCGCCCCAGCCGCCCAGUGGCGGCCCAGGCGGCAUGGGCGGCGGCGGCAUGGGCGGCAUGGGCGGAAUGAUGGGCCACCAGCAAGGCAUGGGUGGAGCCGGUGGGCCCAUGGGGCUGCCGGGUGGCGGCAUGGGAAUGGGCAUGGGCGGCGGCGGCGGCGGAGGCGGAGGCGGUGGCUACGGCGGGAGAGGGGGGCACGGCGAGGCAGGCGGCGGUGGGGGAGGCGGCGGCAGGGCAGGGGGCGCUGGAGGCGGGGGCGGGGCCGGGGGUGCUGCGGAGCACCUGUCCAACGACUACAGUCAGAACUUUGUGGACACGGGGCUGAGGCCGCAGAACUUCCUCCGGGACACACACCUGACAGACCGCUAUGAGGAGUACCCCAAGCUCAAGGAGCUCAUUGUGCGCAAGGACCGCCAGGUGUCGGCACACGCCACGCCGCCCCUGUUCCUGCGCACCGACCUGCGCUCCACCCGCCUGAGCCCCGAGCUGUUCGGCACCAAGUUUGACGUCAUCCUGGUGGACCCGCCCUGGGAGGAGUACGUGCGGAGGGCGCCAGGCAUGGUGGCUGACCCCGAGGUGUGGAGCUGGCAGGACAUCCAGGCCCUGGACAUCGAGGCGGUGGCGGACAACCCCUGCUUCCUGUUCCUGUGGUGCGGCGCAGAGGAGGGACUGGAGGCAGGCCGGGUGUGCAUGCAGAAGUGGGGCUUCCGGCGUGUGGAAGACAUCUGCUGGAUCAAGACCAACAAGGAGGGCGGCAAGGGGCCGGGCGGUGGGCGGCGGCCCUACCUCACUGCAGCCAACCAGCACCCGGAGUCCAUGUUGGUGCACACCAAGGAGCACUGCCUGAUGGGCAUCAAGGGCAGUGUGCGCCGCGCCACGGACGGCCACAUCAUACACACCAACGUGGACACGGACGUGAUUGUGAGCGAGGAGCCGGAGCUGGGCUCCACACGCAAGCCCGAGGAGAUGUACCACAUCAUUGAGCGCUUCUGCAACGGCAGGCGGCGUCUCGAGCUGUUUGGUGAGGACCACAACAUCCGCAAUGGCUGGGUGACUGUGGGCCGCUCCCUCACCUCCUCCAACUUCUCAGCAAAGGCCUAUGCCGACCACUUCCGCAACCGCGACGGCAGCGUGUGGGUCCAGAACACCUACGGCCCCAAGCCGCCCCCUGGGUCGGUCAUUCUGGUGCCCACCACAGAUGAGAUCGAAGAUCUUCGUCCCAAGAGCCCCACGGGUCCGCACGGGGGCAGCAGCUUCCACCACAGCCGGUAGAGGGAGGGGGGAAGUGGUGGUGCCGUGGUGGGGAUCAAGGAGGGGGGGAGUACGUGCCCGGCCCCAAUGGGAAAUUCUCGUCAUGGGGGGGGUGGAGACCGUAGGGCAAGUUGCUGGCUGGCAGGUGCAGUGGAGCUGGGUAGAGAAUGGCAGUGAGCGUGCGUUCGAAUGGUGGUGGUGGUGGUGGUGGUGGUGGUGGUGGUGGUGGUGGUGGUGGUGGUGGUGGUGGUGGUGGUGGUGGUGGUGGUGGUGGUGGUGGUGGUGGUGGUGGUGGUGGUGGUGGUGGUGGUGGUGGUGGUGGUGGUGGUGGUGGUCAGGGGAGGUGGACCUCCCCUGGUGGUGGUGGUGGUGGUGGUGUCACUGCAGGGUGAUUGAUGCAUGACAAUUGAAGGAAUGCGGAAGGAGCGAUGGGCGGCAGGGGUGCAGGCAGGGGCUGCGCAGGGAUCCCAGCCAGGAGGACGAGAGCGCUCACAGCUCGCAUGGGUUGCGGAUGGGCGGAUCCGCGCCGCCGCCUUGGCACUGCUGUUGUACAAGAAAGGUGCCCAGACAGGACCCCAA